CAACGCGACAAGCACCUACCGAAGAAGACAGGAGGGCUACUUCAUUUAUCAGAGGAGAGGAUACCAUGCAGUCGUUUUAGGUUAAAUGUAUUCAUGUGGCGUAGGUUAUUAAAGUAGUUUCUACAGUUUCACAUUUAUAUUUAGAGCACAUGUAAAAUGGCCGCGAAUCCGCCCGGACAAGGAUUUCAAAACAAAAACAGAGUUGCUAUUUUAGCUGAGCUGGAUAAAGAGAAGAGACGCCUGAUACAGAGUCAAUCUAUGAAUAACCCAGGAGCCAGCAUUCCACUCUCUCGACCAGCAGUGAAUAAAGAGUUCAGGGAUCAGGCUGAACAGCAGCACAUUGCAGCACAGCAGAAAGCAGCUUUACAGCAUGCACAUGCACACUCAUCCGGCUUCUUCAUCACUCAGGAUUCCUCCUUCGGUAACCUUAUACUGCCCGUGUUGCCCAGACUCGACCCAGAGUAAAUAAACAUUAGCUAUAAGGACUGAUUUACAGUUUUGUGAAAACUUGCUACUAAAAGCUUUAAUGUGAACAUGCUAGAUGAUUUUUCAUUAAUGUAAAGGUUUUUGUUUUUUUAGAUUGUUAUAUGCUAGUCAGUAUUUUUUCAUGAUUUUUACAUAAAAUUGAGAAAACCUAA